AUGACUUCCACCACCACAUUCCUCGAUCUUCCUGUGGACGUUUUGUUACUGAUUUUCCCGUACCUGGAUGCAACGAGCUUCCUGCGUCUGACUUCAACCUGCAGAGCCCUCCAUAACCCGGACUUCCUUCAUGAUGCAACUUACUGGUCUAGACUGGUCCGAACGACCUUCCGGGUGCCAAAUCAGCCAGUCGUGCAAAAUGAUGGCAUACGCUGGCAGAAGCUUUUCAGGCGCUUACUCACGCAAAGCCGCAUAUACACCUGGGGCAAUAACGAGAAGGCUUGUCUGGGUCACACAUACGAGUCGCAUACUGCCGCAACCGGUAUCGCUCUUCCCGGGCUGAGAAGAGUGAACGUGCGGAGAAGAAUGCAUAUCAGCUGGCCUGCUGCAAUGCAGGGCACAGAUGGUCUGGGCGUGAUUUCAGACGUACAAUGCGGCGGUUGGUCAACCACACUGCUCACGUCUGCUGGAGCACUGUAUACGGUGGGUGUCAUGGAUGGGAUCGAGUUCAACCCAGGGCGACCCCCAUACCUUCAGACUCCCAUGGUGCAGCCAACACCAUUGAGAUACCCACCGGGCCAUGUACAAGCACACGAACGAAUUGAUCCGAGCACGGCGAUCAAGCAGUUCUCGGCGGGCAGAGCACACAUUCUGGGUUUGUCAGAUAGCGGACGGAUUUGGAGUUGGCAAAACAUCGAGCACUCCGCGCUUCAUGUAAGGUUCGUCCAUCACGAAACCCAGGAAGGUCGGUCGUUAGGAUACGGCACUGUCCUGAAGGUGGUUGCGGGCUGGAACAAGAGUGCCGCUCUAAUCGAAGGUGUUGGCAUAGUGUUGUGGGAUCCGUUAAAACGCGAAGAUGGCGAUGCUGAGGCCGAAGAUGCUGCGCUUGUGUUGGAAAGCGCGGUUGUGCCAAAGACCUCUUACCUUCAAUCUCGCGGCAAGCGUGUGGCAGAGCGGACGGAUGAGGACCUGGCCUUGGCAGAGACGGUGGGCGAGGUGUCGAGCUUCGUAGUUUUGGAGCAUGUCGCAUUGUUCAGCACAACGCUGGGCAAGGUCUUCGCAUCCGAAAUCUUCUGGGACGACAACCAGCAACGGGCGAGCGACCCUAUCGAAGUCGACAUUUCGCAGACCGGAGAAAGCGAGCCGUUCGCGACAGAUGUGCAAGGCUCCUUUCGCUCGUUCGCCGUCUUCUUGCGCUCCGGUGCCGUUCUCACAAGCAAUCAAGACCGACUGAUGAAUCUCCUGCAAUCACGCAGUUCCAACGAAUCCCUAUGGAGGCAAAUACCUGCUUUACAACACAAAGACGUCAUCAGCGUUGCAUUUGGCGACUAUCACUUUCACGCGCUACAUUCAUCGGGUUACAUCACAAGCUACGGCACGGAGCCGGGAGCCUGCGGUGCACUCGGACUCGGUGGCCACGGUGAUCCUGAAGGCCGCCUUCGGGGCAUCAGAUAUCAAGGCAUUGGUGGUGAUGGCCGCCUUGUACCUCACGCAUAUAUAGAGGGUCGCCGGGUAUGGUUCGAGGAGGAGAAGCAAGACUGGAUCACGUUCAUUACUGCUGGCGGUGUCGACCCUGCCGAAGCUGCCGAGCGGUUGCGCAUGGCUCUCGGAAGCCCAGACAUACGCUGUCAGGGUGAGGUGAGCGAGUGGAUCGAGCAGCAAGGCCGAGACUGGGAGUCGAAGUUCAAUCUGCAAAGUGCCGAUGAUGACGGUCUGGGAGCUUACUUCGCGCUUAGCGUCUCGGCAGCUGGUUGGCAUUCUGGUGCGUUGAUGCUUGUGAACGAAGACCUGGCGGCGAAAGGGUACAAGUACGUUUGGGCAUACGAUCACUUUCCACGAUUACGGCUCAGCAAUGGGGCGGAGAUGCCGGGUAACGUGCCCUUUGACGAGUGGAGGUAUGAGCGACCGGCGUUCGAUCUCGAAGCUGGUCCUUGA